AAACAACGAAAAGCACUCGGUCAUAUUUUAAAUUUUUAAAAAUUACUGUCGUGAAUUUUCGAGUGAAAUCUAGUCCCAACAUCGGGCCCAUUCCGUCAUGGGUCUUCUUACAAACCCAUCGAUUACCCAAAAAGCGAAAUACUGCAAGGCACUGAUUCGUCACAACACGCUGAUCUGCCUCGGUCUGUAUCUGCUGGGUGUUGGCUACUUUUGCUUGCUGCCGGAUCCGAACUUCAACUCGGCAACGUAUUUCUCCGAGAAUGCCUUACUGCCCGGACUGGUGUACUCUGAACUGCGAUCCGAAACGGUGACACUGGCCAAGAACUAUGUCGGUGAGCUUGAGCUCGAACGGGAGCAUCACCGGAAGGAUAUGCCCUACGCAUGGAUACUGGCUAAGAUGCGGAAGAUUGGACUGGAGACGCACACACACAAUUUUACCCUCAACUAUCCGUUGGGUGGAGGUAAGGUUUUCACCGGCAAGAAUGUGUACGGAAUAUUGCGGGCCCCUCGGAUUGGGUCCACGGAAUCGUUUGUCAUUUCAGUGCCCUACCGACCGCCGGAAUCGGUUCAUGCGGAUGUAUCAGCGGGAGUCCCGCUCAUGUUGGCUUUUGCAGAAUUCGCUCGACGUCAGAAGUACUGGGCUAAGGAUAUAAUUUUUCUAAUAACGGAGCAGGAGCAGCUGGGAAUGCAAGCCUGGUUAGAGGCUUACUAUGGAUUGGAAGAUAAUCGAGUGCUGAAUGCAGGUUCACUAAAUGCGAGGGCUGGGGCGAUUCAAGCAGCCAUUAAUUUGGAAGUUCAUGGUUUCGAUGUUGAUUAUAUUAAUUUGAAGGUGGAAGGAUUAAAUGGACAGUUGCCGAAUCUGGAUCUGCAUAAUUUGGCACAAAAACUUUCGCAAAAGAAUGGAGUGGUGGCGGGUUAUCGACUGACGGAAACAAAACAGAGGAAAUCAAAUAGUCACUGGGGAAAGCUACAAAAUUUACUUGCGAUGGUAUUUAGUCAGUCGACGGGAGUUCCGACUGGAAAUCAUGGCUUGUUUCAUCGUUACGGAAUUGAAGCGCUGACCUUGGAAUGUUUCCAGCAGCCGAGUUCUAAGAAUAGUUCACCUGGUGUUGGAGCUCUGCUGAAAAUCGUCGAGGGCAUAAGUCGAAGCUUGAACAAUCUUUUGGAACGAUUUCACCAGAGUUACUUCUUUUACCUGUUGGUGACUCAUGAUCGUUUUGUGUCCAUCGGGGAUUACAUGCCCAGUCUUGGGUUGAUGGCCGGAGCGCUUCUCAUCAGUUCCUUUAUUCAUUACCUAUCGCUUUACUAUCCGGAAGAUGAGGAGGAACAGCCAGCUGGCGAAGAUGUGACGGGGACCGAGUCAAAAAUUAACUACGUACAAGUUGGAUUCCUCUUACUCCUGGCACAUUCGAUUGGGGCUUUGACCACGGUUUUGCCGUUCCACACUGGACUGAACAAUUACUUGCACGCGGCAAACCUGUCCACUCAGUUCAGUUUAUUCACUAUAAUGGUGAGUAUUUCGGUUCUGGUGUUGAUUCUACCGGCUUUCGUCACGCUGGAUGCUUUCAACUCGGAGGUACUUCAAAUCGUGGUCCUGUUGGAGUUGGGAACCGCACUACUGACGGUGGGAAUGCUAAACUUUUCCCUCGGAUUGGUUCUCGCCGUUGUGAUGGUUCCAAUAGUGCUGAUACUGCAACCACGCCAGGAGGGAUUUCUGAACAAGGGAUCAUCCCGUCUCUUCUGCAUUCUACUUCAUCCCCUGAUGGUCACUUAUUUGGUACUGCUUGGUGUCACCUGCGCCCUCUUUCCGGAACUAUCCUUGAAGGGGCUGCUUGGAAAGGCACUCACAGCUACUAUGGAUGCCAUUACCUACUCAGUUGUAGAUUCGAUGAUCUAUGGAAACUGGCUGUUCAAUCUAGUUGCUCUUAUUUUUCUGCCUACGUGGACACUGUUAUGGUUUCUAAUGUUCUCUACCUCCACCUCAAAAGUCAGGCGGCCUACGACGCAGGAUGGACUUACAGGUGCGACCAAUGCGGACGCACUGAAACAGGAUUGAAGCCGUUAGAGAUUUUAGUUAGCGAACAAUUAUGAGUAUUACAUACCAAAAAUAGAACGAAGCGUGCCCGAUAGCUUUUGA